AUGGAGAUUCCGGCCAAAUUGCCGUUCUCCAAGCGACCGCUCCGACCUCGCGUAGUCAUCUCCUACAUUUUCGACUACGUGAUCUUAAUUGCCUGUGUCAUCGGCUUCUGGAUCCUCGACUCCCUUGAACCAUAUCACCAGCACUUCUCCCUCCGCAAUUACUCCCUCCAAUACCCGUACGCCGUCCACGAGCGCAUUCCCAUCCAAUAUGCCCUCUGCAUCUCCGGCCUCUUCCCUCUCGUCUUGAUCAUUAUCUAUACCCUCUUCAUCGAUGGCCUGUUUUCGCACCACAAGCCUCUGGACCCGGCGUCCGGAAAGCGCAAGCUGCGCGGUCCAUGGCGCUGGAAGGAUCGCUUGUGGGAGAUGAACUGUGGGAUCUUAGGUCUCUUGCUAUCACAGGCACUGGCUUUCCUCAUCACACAAGUGCUCAAGAAUGCAUGUGGGAAACCGCGUCCGGACUUGAUCGACCGGUGCCAGCCGCGCGACGGAAGCCUGGACAUGCUGCCGUAUGGUCUGUCCAACUCCACGAUCUGCACGGGAGAGGCAAAGUUGAUCAAGGAUGGAUUUCGGUCAUGGCCAUCAGGUCAUAGCAGCUCCUCCUUCGCGGGCUUGUUCUACACAUCUCUAUGGCUAGGCGGCAAGUUCCAUAUUAUGGACAACCGGGGUGAAACCUGGAAGACCCUACUGGUCACCAUCCCGAUCCUUGCCGCAACCCUUGUUGCCGUGUCUCGCAUCAUGGACGCCCGCCACCAUCCAUUCGAUGUGAUCACCGGCUCGCUUCUCGGCGUCAUCUGUGCUAUAGUCUCCUACCGUCAAUACUUCCCUCCUAUCACCGAGGCCUGGCGGAAGGGCCGGGCCUACCCGAUCCGCACCUGGGGCACCGAGCCAGCUGCCCCAAUCGAAGCGAAGUUCAGCGCACUAAGUGACAGUACGACUGCUUUGCGCAAUCCUGAGGCAGAACGCUUGAAUGGGCCCAGUAUGCGUGGGCGAUCUACAUCCCCAGGCCAGCUUGAUCCUGGCACAUCGGGGUACAACCCUGGCAACCCGUAUACCUCACAAGUGUAUCCUCGUCGCGCGCAUGACCAUGAUCCGGAUGGGAACUGGUCUUCGAGCGAAGAUGACGUCGGCAAUGGGUAUGAGAUGCAAACAGGGUACGCGGCGACGCAGAAUCCGGUUGUCAGUCGCAAUUCGUUUGAUGCCAAUACCGCAUACCAUCCCAACGCGUAUCAGUCGCAGGUGCAUACUGCGCCGGUUGGUGUUAUCAGUCCACCGCCGGGCGUGAUUGUCAGCCAUGAUCACCUAGAUCGAUCAUUGACCGAUGCGCCCAGUCGGGAGGUGUAA